UCCUCGGCCCACUCCCGCCGCGAAGGAUGCGGUGCGCCCCGACGGCGGGGGCCGCGCUGGUGCUGUGCGCCGCCACCGCGGGUCUGCUGAGCGCGCAGGGCCGCCCCGCGCCCCCCGAGCCGCCGCGCUUCGCGUCCUGGGACGAGGUCAACGUGCUGGCCCACGGGCUCCUGCAGCUCGGCCACGGGCUCCGCGAACACGUGGAGCGGACCCGGGGGCAGCUGGACGAGCUGGAGCGACGGCUGGGAGCGUGCGGCGGCCGCGCCGCCUGCGCGGAACCCGGGGACGCGGCCGCGUCCUCGGCGCGGCCACCCCAGACGGUGCCGGAGGCGGCCCCCGACGCCCUCCAGAGCUUGCAGACGCAGAUCAGGGCCCAGAACAGCAGGAUCGAGCAACUCUUCCAGAAGGUGUCCCAACAGCAGCGGCAUCUGGAGAAGCAGCAGCUGAGAAUCCAGAAACUUCAGAGUCAGGUGGGCCUCCUGGCCCCCGUGCCCCUGAAACAUGGGGUUGCCAAGCCCGCCAGGAAGAAGAGGCUCCCCAAGAUGGACCAGUUGGGUGGUCCGGCCCACAACAUCAGCCUCCUGCACCGGCUGCCCAGAGACUGCCAGGAGCUGUUUGAAAACGGGGAGCGGCAAAGUGGCCUCUUCCAGAUCCAGCCCCAGGGGUCCCCUCCGUUCCUGGUAAACUGCAAGAUGACCUCAGAUGGAGGCUGGACGGUGAUUCAGAGGCGCCAGGAUGGCUCUGUGGAUUUUAACCAGUCCUGGGAAGCCUACAAGAAUGGCUUUGGUGAUCCUAGAGGGGAGUUCUGGCUUGGCUUGGAGAAGAUUCACCGAAUCCUGGGGGACCAGGGCGGCAAGCUGGCCGUGCAGCUGCAGGACUGGGAGGGAAACACGGAGUCCCUGCAGUUCCCGGUGCACCUGGGGGGCGAGGACACAGCCUAUAGCUUGCAGCUCCCAGCACCCCUGGCCAGUGAAUUAGGCGCCACCAGCAUUGAUCACUCCCUGCCCUUCGCCACGUGGGAUCAGGACCAUGACCUCCUCGGGAACAAGAAUUGUGCCAAGAGCCUUUCUGGUGGCUGGUGGUUUGGCACCUGUGGUCAUUCCAACCUCAACGGCCAGUACUUCCACACCAUUCCCAGACAGCGGCCGCAGCGGAAGAAGGGAAUCUUCUGGAAGACCUGGCGGGGCCGCUACUACCCGCUGCAGGCCACCACUAUGUUGAUCCAGCCCAGAGUGGCCGCUGCCUCCUAGCCUUGGGGCAGGGCGGGGCCUGGAUGCAGGUUCCUAAGGAAAAAGUGACUUGAAGGGGCACUUUGCCCCGGUAGGGGCUCUGGGCAGCCCGCCAUUGGAGAGGCAUCCCCACCCAGUUCCAGAAUGGGGGUGCUACCAGGUAGUGGUGCCCCCCCCCCCCCGCCAGCAGACAAGGACUGAGCUGGAAGAUGGGGGGCAGGGCACAGGCCCUGGAGAUACAGGACCAAGUGGGCACCAGGGCCCGGUUCUUGGCCACCAGAGGAAUGGAGAGAUGGCAGA